ACCGCUUCCAAUGGCGACAAAUCCGUGAAGAUUUGGGACGUUUUGACUGGGGCAUGUCUGCACUCCUUCCGCGCGGACGAAGAAGUACACGAGCUUGCUUUCUCCACGGACGGCACCCGUCUCUACAUCAAACUGUUCAAAUCUUGCCUCCUCUAUAACGUCCAAACAUACGCACACAUCGCUACGCUUCGGCAUGUUUCAGGAGAGGCACUUACCUGGUCAAUGUCUCGCCAGGGAGAUCGUAUAGUCACUGCAUCAGGCUAUCAAGUGAAGAUCUGGAGCGCAGUGACCGGUGAAGAGAUCCUCGCGGUCGACCACCCGAAACAGCUCUCAUCGCCCGUGGCCUUCUCUCCAGAUGGCGCCGAGGUGCUGGUGGGCUGUGAUGCGUACAAGACUGCUGUCACCUACAGCUCACGGACGGGCCAGCUGCGUCGUGUCUUCAAGUUAUCAGAGAGUCGAGCAUAUCACGCGCUGUACUCCCCAGACGGAGACUAUGCCGUCUUCGGCAACGUGGACAAUGAGCUGGAGGUGUUCGACACAAAGUCUAGAGCACUCCUUGCAAAGUUCAAGGCUGGCGGAGAUAUCGGCGAUCUUCAAUUCGUACCUGACACACAGACCCUCCUGAUACGAUGCAAAGACAGACCUCUUAGAUUGUGUAGUAUCCAGGACAUAAUGCGCAUGCGAUAGUGUACCAUUACCCGCCUUACCGAAUGUACCAUAUUAUUGCAGAUAUAUAGGAUAAUCU